CACAUACGAUAAUUCCUCGCGCAAAUCGGCGAAAGAAGGAAUAGAAGGUAUCGCCAGAAGAUAGUUGUUGUAUAUAACAAUUCAUCUCUUGUGGGCGCCUUGCGUUCGCCCCAUAGUUUCAUCAACGUAAUUACCAAUCGAACGUUUCCCUCUAUCAUAUAUUGAUCAGAAAAAAUGGACUGUCGUUUCCUCAGAUCAACUUCAAUGAGAAAAGCGAACUCAAACCAAAUGUACACUUUCUUAUCAAUUACCAUCCUUGCCAAUCUCUUUUGUUUUCCGUUUUCCUCUUGCCAACUUCCUGCACCAGGCAUCACACCCUCAUCCAAUCUAGCCCUUACCACGUCACCUCCUGGACAAACCACCCCACCUGGAACCACCAACACCGGCGCCGGGAUACCUGGAACUAACACUGGCGCGGGGGUACCUGGAACUAACACUGGCGCGGGCAUAUCUGGAAGCACCACGACACUCGCAACUACUAGCACGCCUGGUACCACAACAAAUGGCAACCCAUCAACAGGUCGUACCACCACGAACCCCUCGCCAAAAGCCGAUUCUCUCUACUCCUGCUCCGAAGCAUUCGCGCCACUGGAUGAGGAUCAGACAUUAGUUUUUGACCGUCCAGUUCCCGAGGCUGCUGGGUAUUGCAAGAGUAACGCCAGUAGUGACAACCUUGCUUGUGCCCUACGUACCUGUGUUGCAUUCCCCACUUGCAGCGGAUGCUCUGUUGUUACCAGCUCCGCCACGGACAGUAAGGUAACUACAGACGGCCGAGUGCUCCCUCAACCCCAGAACUGCGAGCUAGCGUAUUAUAUCAGUCACAAACCUGGAGUACCAUCUCUUUGUCUGACUGCCCAAACCGAGGUGUUGCAAUGCACCGGCGGCUGCCAAAAUGCUACUAACUGCGGAACCUGUUUCAAAGUUACCGAGACUAACCAACCAUCCAAAGGCCCUACAUUCUAGAAUUGUAUAAACAAGUAGGAGGCCCCCUAGCUUGAACACAUCGCCGACCUGUCAGAAGAAAAUACCCGACUUGAUAUUAGUACUCUUAGUCGACCAACCGCACCUUCAUACUCUGGGUCACAGAGCUCAUUUUUCUAUUGUGUGUGUCCACAUAAUCAGUUUCCUAAAUAAAUCUAUCGAAUCACCGGACCAAAUCGUCAUUCCGCUCGUUUAAUUCCAUUCUUGAGCUUUGUAAAAAACAAAUCAACUGUAUAUCUUUUGCAUGAUUACAGUACCACAAUUGAUUAGAAUGAAAUUACAAACACUUCGAGGAAACCCCAUCGAUCUGAAAUUGUUAACUUAGCCUUGCUAAAACUAAAACCCAUUUUUUU